AUGGCCGCGGUGCCGGCGGAGCGGGAGAGGCCCCGGCGGCGGGAGGAGCGGGCAGGGGGCGCGAAGCGGCGGCGGCGGGAGGAGCCCCCUCAGGAACGACCGGGGGAGUCCCCGGAGCGCCCGGAAGAGACCCUGCGGGAGUCCCCGGCCGAGCCCGGGUACCUGGCGCUGGCCCGCGGGCUGCUGGCCGGCGGCGCCCCGGCCCGCUGCAGCCCCGCGCCCGCCCGGCCCGCCGGGGAGCCCGCGGGGGACGGAGCCGGAGAUGGAGACGAUCUGCUGGGGCAGCUGAUCCGAGACCUGAAUGAAAUCAAUGAGGUUCCUUUUUUUGAUGUGCAGCUGCCUUAUGAGCUGGCACUGAAGAUAUUCCAGUACCUGGGCAAGGCUGAGCUGGGGAGGUGUGCUCAGGUCAGCAGGACGUGGAAAAUCCUUGCAGAAGACGAGGUGUUGUGGUACCGGCUGUGCCAGCAGGAGGGAUACCUGUUGGACAUGAGCAUCUCUGACAAUUCCUGCUGGAAGCUCGCCCUCAAAAACUGCAGAGCCAGAGAUCACAUGCUGAAAACCAACUGGAAGAACCGCGUGGGUGCCGUGAGCCAGCUGCGCUACGAGCCCGGCCGGGUCCUUUGUGACGUCCACUGCUGCGAUGGGGUGGUCAUGGCUGGGUACAGCUCAGGGGAGGUGAGGCUGUGGGACACCCGCACCUGGGACUACACAGCUCCUGUGCUGGCAGCAGUGGCAGGCCCUGCAGGGGCUGGAGCCCUGCCACACGUCUCUUUUGUGAGGAUAAGCAGCUCCCUGGCCGUGGCAGCCUACGAGGACGGCACUGUCAGUGUUUGGAGCCUGCUGCUGGGGCAGGAGCCCAUCCAUCACUUCCAGCACAACCAGCGCAUCCAGGCUUUGGCACUGGCCCCGGGCGGCCCCGCCGUGGCCACGGCGUCCGGCUUCCAGGUCAAGGUGGAGAGCCCUGAUGACAAAGGAUUCUGGCAAACCCCAGGAACCUUUGAAAUCCAGAAAUUGGUCAACUUCCUUAAUCUGGUUCCAGAUGUCACAGGGAGACCAGUGGCAGUGGCAGCUGCAGAGGACAUUGUUUAUCUCCUGAAAGCAGAAGAUCCUGGCAAAAUUCUCCACUCUGUCUAUGGUCAGCCUGUCACCUGCCUCGAUGUGGCUGCUCACGAAACAGCCUUUGGCAUCAAAACCUUUGGCUGGUUAUUGAAUGAGCCCAACCAGGUCCUUCUUUACAACCUGGAAACAAACCAGUGUGUGACCAAGGUGGGCAACGCCAUAGGUGACUUCUCAUGUGUCAACCUGCACAGCAGCCCCCCCAACAUGCUGGUGGCAGGCAACAAGGACAGAAGGGUGAGGGUGUUUGACCUGCGCUGUGCCGAGGCCGUGUGCUCCAUGUAUGGCCACCAGCUGGGAGUGUCUGCAGUGCAGAUGGACGAGUGGAAAAUCGUCAGUGGAGGGGAGGAGGGGCUGGUGUGUGUGUGGGACCAGCGCAUGGGCACCAAACUCUGGGAGAUGCACGCCAGACAUCCAGUCCGCCACGUGUGGUUCAAUUCCCACAGCCUGAUCACUGCCAACAUCCCCGAGGAGAAGAAUCCCCGAGGCUCCAGCAUCACCGAGGACGACCCCAGCUUGCACCGAAAGUACCGAGGGGUCAUUUAUUCCUACGAGUUUUCUGUGGACCAGCUGGCUGUGGACAGUGUCCUCCCCAUCUGCCGCUCCUCCUACGAUGAGGUGACAGGUUACAACUACAACAUCGGCCUGGCAGUGCCCUACGACAGCAUCUAGGGCACUCCUUGGCCUCUGGGGCCAGCCAGGGCCACAGGCAAAGGAAAAUCCUUGUGGGACAAGCACCCAAAGGCUGGUGUGGGCUGCAGAAAGCCCUGGGGAUGGGAACCCGAACAGAGCACGGCUGCCCUGAGCGCCCCGCUGGAAUUGUCACACUGGACAUGUCCAGAGGUCCAGCCUGAGGAGGGAAAGGGAGGGAAAGGGAGCACUGCAGGGUGAACAGAAAUAUUCCUGCUGCUUAUGGGAAAGAUGCUACAGGUCCCAUCUUGGUCAGGAAGCCAGAGUGGGACACUGAAGGGGUGGGAGCUCGCUGCGGAGUUCUUGCCUGCCCCAACGGGGAAAAGAAAAUCACCAAGGAUUUGGAUAAAACAUGUGUUGAGCCACAUGUUUGAAAUGUCUGUCCUGAUGCUGAGCUGCUCGUUCUUGUUUUUCCUUGGAGUACAUUGGAAUGUGCCUGGGAACAGGACAACAGCCCAUGCACAAAAAGUUAUGGU